CUGCCAGGUGACACAUGGACUUCAUCGCUCUGUUCGCUAUCUACGUGGCGCUGGUGCUCACAUGCAUCGCGCUCGUCUGCAAAUACUCGGGCCAGCGGCAGACUCCCCUGCACGUGCUGGUCAGCUCCGUGGGAAAGGUCGUUGGGCCUAUUACACCGAAAUGGCUCCACGCGUGUUCUCAGUGGACCUUGCACAGGCUGUUUCAUCAAAGGAGCAACACGUUCAUCUAUCUGCACGUCCUGCUGGAGUGUGCCGUGUACGCAGAGUUCACCUACGAGGUGUUUGGCUUCUGCCGGGAGAUGGACACCACCCUGGCCAGCCUGUCCGUGCCUUACAUCCUGCUGCUCAUCAAGACCCUCUUCUUCUACCUCUGCAUCAGGAGAGAUCCAGGCACAGUUACUAAGAAGAAAGUUGCCGGCCAGAUGCACAUCUAUCCGUAUGAUAGGAGAUUGUUUCACCCGGGAGUUUCCUGUCCGACCUGCCAGCUCGUCAAACCGGCUCGGUCCAAACACUGCAGGGUCUGCAACAGGUGUGUCCAGCGCUUCGACCACCACUGUGUCUGGGUGAACAACUGCAUCGGCGCUCUGAACACACGAUACUUCUUGCUUUACCUCUUCAGCGUCUGUGCCAUGGCAGGCGACAUCGCCAUACUAACAGCAGACAUGCUGCUUCACGCUGUACUGCGCGCAGGGCUCCUGAGGGCCAGUUAUUUGGAUGAAUAUGGCGAGCAGCAGCCGGCAGGGCCUCUGUUUGUCAUACAGCAUCUGUUCCUGACCUUUCCCCGAAUUAUCUUCAUGUUGGGCUUUCUGGUCUUCGUCUUCUUCCUGCUGGCGGGUUACGCCCUGUUCCAUUCCUACCUGGCUGUCGUCAACCAGACCUCCAACGAGUGGUACAAAAGUCGAGGUUACUUUUGUCAGCACUGUCACCCGACUUCAACCGCGGACCACCUCUGCGGCCCAGCGCCAGACCACUCUAAAAGAUACUACUACAGCCGAGGGCUCCUCAGAAACCUGGGGGAGAUCUUCUUUCCUCCGGAACCUGUUCGGAAAAAAGACAACUGAAAACAGAUACUGCCCCUUGUAUUGUUAUGCUGCAUUUACUGUACGUCUCCAUUGAUUUCCGUCUGACUGGAGAAAUAAAGUUUACGUUAGCGAUGUCA